AGCCUUUGGACAGCGCUGCCAGGGAUGCCCAGGGUGGGCUUGGUGGGGGUCUGGGCAGGGACAGGGGCUGGCCUGGGUGAUCCUGGUGGGUCCCUUCCAGCUUAGGAUAUUUUGUGAUUCGAUGAAAAUCCCUAAACUGCAUCAGAAUCACCCAGAAAGUUUCGCAGUUGCAGUAAAGGCGUGAAAAGCUGUUCCUGUUCUCGUCAUUUCUGAAGCGAGAGGGCACAAAGUUAACACUCCCCAGGCGGAUUUUUGUGGGGUCUUCCCAUGACAAAGCGCACAACGAGUGGCCGGAUCGCGGUCACGGUGAUGAUCCAGGCAUUGCUUGGAAAUCAGGUCGGCCCGGGGGUUUGCAUUUGUCAUCUCUCACCGCAACACGCCCGGCCCCGGCUCCCGGGCACCGGGAGAAAGCAGCUCCGGAGGUGGGGCAUCAGCGGGGUGCAAGCCUUUCUCCUUGGGCCGUGCGGUGCAGCCGGCGUGUCCCGGCAGGACUGGGAGCAGCCCCGCGGUCCCGUCCCUCGGCGGGCGUUCCAAGCAAGCCUUUGGUGCGGGUUUCCUGUCCCCUUGGGAACAGCAUGUCCUGCUGCCAGGUCACGGUCAUUUCAGGAAAUGUAGACAGGAUUUUUUUUUCGAUGGAUGACAUCACCAAGUUUUCCAUGCCGGUGUUCGCAGAGCAGUGCGGCUGUGCUGGGAAAAGGGCUGUUGCGGUGCAGUGGGUGGAGCGGUUCCCAUGUCGGGGGAGCUGUGCCCGUGCCAUUCCCGGUGCCGACACACGCAGGGAUGCACUGUCCCCGGCUCGCUGACAGGGAGCAUCCCGCCCUGACGGUGCCUGAGCAGCACCUGGCCCCUCGCCAAGGGCUCGGUGUCCCGGAGCCCCCGCGGCCCUGCCGCGCCCUUCACUUCGACCCCCUCCUCUCCGGCCCCAUCUUCGCAGCCAGGCUGCCGGGAGUCACCUUGGCCGCUGUGUCACUGCUCGGUCACUGCGCCCGGCUCUGACAACGAGGAUUUCCCCGGCGCCGGGUGAAUUCCCCGCAGUGAGAGCCCGCCCAUCCCCGCCCCGCCGGCGCGGCAGGCGGUAAAACCCCGGAGCCCCCGCGCUGGAGCCGGGCUAGGGGGGCAGGCAGGCUGGGGACCCCGGGUGACAAAUCUUGCUGCUGUGACUUUCUGCCGAACAAGUUCCUCUGCAAAAAGCACCUCGCCGUGACCUCAGUGCGUGCUGCGCCGCGCGUUUCCCCCACACGGCAUUCUUCCUGCGAUCGGCGUCCUGCCGUCUCCGUCCUGCCACCGCCCAUCCUUCCCGGCCGCUGGCCUCCACCUGUCCCCCGAGCCGGCGCCACGGGACGCGAGGUGGCCAUGACACUCUGUGCGCAGUCUCUGGACAUACAGCCAGAACUUUUCGUUCACAUGGCAGCAGCAAACUCUUCUCCACCUGGUUCUCUGGACCUAAACCAGCCUGGCUUUGCAAAGGAGAUCCUGGGAACUAAACUGGAGGUCAAAUACCUGUGCUCUGAUUGCAAGAACAUCCUGAGGCGGCCGUUCCAGGCACAGUGCGGCCAUCGCUACUGCUCCUACUGCCUGAAGAAAAUCAUCAGUGCUGGACCUCAAAAGUGUGCCAGCUGUAUCCAGGAAGGAAUAUAUGAAGAAGGAAUUUCUAUUUUGGAAACAAGCUCGGCUUUCCCAGACAACGCGGCACGGCGGGAAGUGGAGAGUCUGCCUGCUGUCUGCAUCAACAGCGGCUGCACCUGGAAGGGAACCAUCAAAGAGUACGAGGCUCAUGAUGAAGUCUGCCCUGAAUUCCCGCUGACUUGUGAAGGCUGUGGGAAGAAGAUUCCCAGGGAGAAGUUUCGGGACCAUGUGAAGACGUGUGGCAGAUCCAAAGUACCUUGCCGGUUCGAGGCUGUGGGCUGUGCUGAGGUGGUGGAAAAUGAAAAGCUCCUGGAACAUGAAAGGAAGUGUUUGGCAGAGCAUCUCUACAUGCUUCUGAGCUCUGUGCUCAGCCUCAAGACUGGUGCUGGGGACCUGAAACCCCUUCCUGUUCCUUCCUCAUCACAAAACAGCUCCCCACUUCUGGCAGCAAACUCACUGUGCUCGGAGUCGGAGCUCUCCCGGUCCCUGGAGCUCUUGGGAAGGUGUGAGGCCCUUGAGAGGAAAACAGUUACCUUUGAGAACAUUGUCUGUGUGCUUAACCGGGAGGUGGAGAGAGUUUCCCUGACAGCUGAAGCCUACAGUCGCCAGCACCGGCUGGACCAGGAGAAAAUUGAAACACUGAGCAACAAGGUCCGGCAGCUGGAGAGGAGCAUUGGGCUUAAAGACCUGGCCAUGGCUGAGAUGGAGGAGAAGAUCCGCAACAUGGAGGCUUCCACCUACGAUGGGGUUUUCAUCUGGAAGAUAACGGAGUUUGCCCGGAAGCGUCAGGAGGCGAUAACAGGCCGCUCUCCUGCCAUCUUCUCUCCAGCUUUCUACACCAGCAAGUACGGCUACAAGAUGUGUCUGCGCGUGUACCUGAACGGGGACGGCACCGGCCGCGGGACCCACCUGUCCUUGUUCUUUGUGGUCAUGAAGGGACCUAACGACGCGCUGCUGCGGUGGCCCUUCAACCAGAAGGUCACCCUGAUGCUUCUGGACCAGAAUAAUCGGGAGCACAUCAUCGACGCCUUCCGCCCUGAUGUAACAUCCUCAUCCUUCCAGCGCCCUGUCACGGAGAUGAACAUCGCCAGUGGCUGCCCCCUCUUCUGCCCCGUGUCCGUCAUGGAAGCCAAGAACUCCUACGUGCGGGAUGAUGCCAUCUUUAUUAAAGCCAUCGUUGAUCUCACAGGCCUCUAACCCUCCUGACCUUGGAGCAGUGAGCAUGGAACCAGCACUGCCCAGGGCAUCUCCCACUUGUGCUGCACCUCAGGCAGGUCUCAGAGCAAGAGAGAGGAAAAGCCCUUCCUGAAAGGGACCUUUGCUCUGAGUGGAAAUGAGGUGUCUGAUGGGAGCCCUCUUUACUGAGGGUUGGGUGGACACUGGCAGGCUGUGGAAUAUGGAAGAUUCCCUGCAGAGACUUGGAUGUCUGAACUGCUGCUCUCUGGACUCCAGUGGAAACCAGUGCAGCUCUUGCUCUACCAGCUUAGCCGACAUCCACAGCUCUCUGUAGUAAAACAGUGGUUUGCCCUGCCUGAGCUCCACCUCCUGUGGAUUUUGGCUCAGCUAUCUAGGA